AUGGAAGAAUGGAUUGUAAAGAAGUGUGGUUAUGGUAAAAUAGAUGCUAAAAAGUGUGGUUUGGGUAAAAUAGAUGAACCAGAACUAUCCAUUCACAGUGAACUAGAACCAGAACUAUCUAUGCACGGUAAACUAGAACCAGUACUAUCUAUUCACGGUGAACUAGAACCAGAACUAUCUAUUCACGGUAAACUAGAACCAGCACUAUCUAUUCACGGUGAACUAGAACCAGAACUAUCUAUUCACGGUAAACUAGAACCAGAAAUAUCGAUUCACGGUAAACUAGAACCAGAACUAUCUAUUCACGGUGAAUUAGAACCAGAACUAUCUAUUCACGGAGAACUAGAACCAGAACUAUCUAUUCACGGAGAACUAGAACCAGAAGUAUCUAUUCACGGAGAACUAGAACCAGAACUAUCUAUUCACGGUGAAUUAGAACCAGAACUAUACCAUUUACGGUAA